CCCUAAGGAAUUCCGAUCGGGAGACAAUCGGAGGAGCGUGAGGACGGGAAGGUGACGCCCCGGAGGGACGAUGUUCUACUAUCCCAAUGUGCUUCAGCGCCACACGGGCUGCUUUUCCACCAUCUGGUUGGCAGCGACGCGUGGCAGCCGGUUGGUAAAGCGUGAAUAUCUGAAGGUGAAUGUGGUGAAGACCUGCGAGGAAAUCCUCAGUUAUGUGCUGGUGCAAGUGCAACCCCCGCAGCCCGGCCUGCCGCGCCCCCGCUUCUCCCUCUACCUCUCAGCCCAGCUCCAGAUUGGAGUGAUCCGGGUCUACUCACAGCAAUGCCAGUACCUCGUAGAGGACAUCCAGCACAUCCUGGAGCGCCUGCACCGAGCCCAGUUGCAGAUGAGAAUAGAUAUGGUGGAGACUGAACUACCCAGCCUGAUGCUUCCUAACUGCCUGGCCAUGAUGCAAACUCUGGAAGAUGCUCCGGACCCCUUUUUUGGGAUGAUGUCUGUGGAUCCCAGACUUCCCAGCCCCUUCGAUAUACCUCAGAUUCGACACCUUUUGGAGGCUGUGACCCCGGAGAGAGGACCUGAGGAGGCCCCUCCUGAAGUCCCUAAAGAGCCUGGGAAGCCAGACAGGACCCAGGUGUCUGUGCUGUCUCCGGAAACCAUCACCCUCCAGGAAGCAGAGCCCAUACGCAUGCUACAGAUCGACGGUGAACGAGACCUCCCAGAGGUUAGCCGUCGGGACUUGGACCUGCUCAUUGCUGAGGAGGAUGAAGCUAUCUUGUUGGAGGAACAAGGCAGGCCUGCCUGGCAGUGUGGGAUGGUGGAAGAGGCAGCAGAGCCGCUGCCAGGCCAGGCCCUGGCCCCCGAGGAGGUGAAGCCAGCAGUCUGGGAGCCUGCGGCCCUGCCUGCUGAGGUGACGCCCCCGCCCCCGCCGCCCCCGCCGCUGCAUCUCCCAGCCCCGCUCAGCCCAGAGAGGCGGCCCCCAGCCCCCCCACCUGCUCGCCGCCGCCGCCGUCGCCGCCGCCAGUUACUGUUCUGGGACAGGGAGACUCAGAUCUCCAGGGAGAAUUUCCAGAAACAACUGCAAACCAGAGCUCACUGCUGGGAGUGUCCAGUGGUGCAGCCCCCUGAGAGGACCCUCAGAAGCCCCGCAGAGCUAUUUCAAACUCCAACUUACUCUGGCUGGCUACCCCCAGAACUGCUGGCUCUCUGGACCCACAGUGCCCAGCCACCCCCACAAGCACUCAGACGAACGCCGCCUCUGGAGCCGGAAGAGGCUGCUGAGAGGGAGGCAGCAGCUGAGGAAAGGAGAAAAACAGAGACGCCGAGUGAUAUCGAGGUCCUGAGGGAGGCUCAAGAGCCCAGUGGGCCUCUUAUGCUGUCUUCAGAGCUCUCCAUAGAAGCAGCUGAGGAGGAGAAGUCUCACAUCAGCCUCAUCCCCCCGGAAGAGCGGUGGGCCUGGGCUGAGGCAGAGCAGCCAGAGCCCCCUGUGUUGCCUGUGGUGCCCGAACUCCCAGAGGUGCCCAUGGAGAUGCCCUCGGAGCUGCCUCCGGAGGCAGAGCUGCUCUCACUGGAUGCCGUGUACAGGGCAGUGGCGCUGGAGCUGCAGGCCAACAGGAAGCCAGAUUUCAGCAGCCUGGUGUCACCUCUUAGCCCUCGCAGGAUGGCUGCCCGGGUCUUCUACCUGCUCCUGGUGCUCGCAGCCCAGCAGAUCUUUCGCAUGAAACAAGAGAAGCCAUACGGGCGCCUCCUGAUCCAGCCAGGGCCCCGAUUCCACUGUGGUUAGAGCCAAUUCAGAAGCUGCCAAGAAACCAGCUACGUUAAACCCUGUCUUGCCUUACUAGACCCUGCCUGUCUCCUUUCUGGAAUUCUCCUCUAUUCUUCAUGCUCUCAGAGCAGAGCUACUGUUUAAGUAGAAAAUGAACUGUCUUUAUUA